UGCCAUGUUUUCAAGACCAGUUUGAUACUAUCUUUUGCCAAAGACAUAGUGAUUAUUUGACUUUCAGUUUCAGUAGUUAAGUUUGACAUCCUAUGGAUGCCAGGUGGGGAGUGUUCCAGCCACUAGAGGCAAAGUUUGCUUUGUAUGAAUGUCCCUUCCUGUGCGUAAGCUGUUUUUUUAAUAUCAUUUCCUGCGCGGGUUAUUUUUAUUCUAUUUGAAGUGCACGGUGGAAGACACACAUCACCAGCCACUCUUUAUCCAUCCUUGAAACAGCAAUAUCUGUUGAUGAUGCUCCAACGUCCAGAAUCUACCAACCUAACCUCUGCACCCAGACCAGGAGAUUUUGGAUGAGCCAGUCCAUUUGGAAGUCUGCACAAGGUGAAGAGCUGAUUUCAUGAAGCCCACAAUAUCAUGACCCAACUCCUGGACUCCACUAGAGCAUCUGACAGAGACCCAAUGCCAAGGACCGACCAGGGUGAAGAAGACCUGGCCAGUAGAAGUGCGCAAUGCUGACCACAAGGCAAAAACCAACACAACAGAGGCAGCAGGGGACGAGGCCCAGGAGUGAAAGGGAGCUAUCCUGAUGCCUGACUCAACUGAAUCCCUGAUGUUCAGGUCUCUCCAGAUCAGAAGCCCAAACCUACAGAGCACCCAAGGUUGUCCCAAUGACAAAACUACCCCAGAUGCCUCACUUACCUGUUGGACAGCCCAUUCCACCUCAGAACUUUCAGACCUUCACAGGAACAACAACUGGUCAGAAUAAACCACUCCAGGUCUUCCAGGUCUGGCCAGAAUAAAUUAAAUAACUUCCAGUCCACAUGGCUCCACUCCCAGGACUAACCUGACCCAACCACUUACCUGGGCAGCAAGGUGAACAGGCUGGGCUGCAGGUGAACUGAAGUCACAUCGGUUCAAAUCUCCCUUCCUAAACAUCCUACCAGCUAACGUCCAGACCGUUGAGUGUAAAGUUGAUGAACUAAGAGGGAGACUGGCCUUUGAAAGGGAACUGAGAGGCUGCUGUGUGCUACAUCUCACCAAAAGAUGGCUUACACCCUCUUCACCUGACUACACCACACAAUCUGAGGGCUUUUCAGUUCACCUGUUGGACUCGUCAUGAAGUGAGUCAAGAGGCUGGUCAUGGCACACGUAACCAGCCUCCAAAACAACCUUGACCUACUGCAAUUUGCCUCCUGCCAAAACAAGGCUAUGACAAAGACCAUCUCCUUGAGUAUCAAGACAACAUGAGAUACCAACAGUCUAUUGUAUACUGACUACAGCUCAACCUUCAAUACUAUAACUCCAAAUAAACACAUCUCCAAACUUCAUGACCUAUGACUCACCUCUUUUUGUGACCGAAUCCUUGACUUCCCUAUCAACAGACUGCAAACAGUAAGGUUUGGCUACAACUCCUCUGCCAUGGUCCAGCUGGGAACUUCCUGACCUUCGAGAAGGAAGGGUUAAAGCUAUCAGUGAUUCUGAUGGAGUGAGCUAUCCAUGGUACGGCAAUACGACAGAAACAGUGACACUGGUUGGCCCUAUAAACAGGGUGUCCCGGUUCUCAGUCAGUAUGAAUGAUAAUUUUUACCCAAGUGUGACAUGGGCGGUACCUGUGAGUGAAAGCAAUGUGUCACAACUAACCAGGAUUAAAAGAGACCAAAGUUUUACCACUUGGCUGGUAGCCAUGAACACGGUCAGCAAAGAAAAGAUUAUACUUCAGACAAUCAAAUGGAGAAUGCGUGUUGACAUAGAGGUUGACCCCACAAACCCAUUAGGAUACCGUGCUAAGCUUGUCGGAAGGACACAGCAGGAACAGCCUCGGAUAUUAGCUAGGAUGGAGCCCAUACCUCCAAAUGCCUUGGUAAAGCCCAAUGCAAACGAUGCCCAGGUUUUAAUGUGGAGACCUAAACGUGGUCUACCUCUAGUUGUCAUACCUCCGAAAUAAUAAUGCAGGCUGCAGCUCUUCAAGAAAUCUUAGAAGGACCUAAUUUUUUUAUACAUCUCCUAUUUCAUCCAGCAGCAACAAAUGAACAAGGUUGGAUUUUAAUUAUUUUGAUAUGUAAGUUAUGCAC